AUGACAGUUUUGGGGAUUGGGGUUGAUAUAGUGAAAAUUUCUCGGUUUAAUCUGCUUUUGGCGAAGGAUGGUGGGAAGAAUGGUAAAACAGGUACUAGUAGGUUUAUACGAAGAGUUCUCCAUCCCAAAGAGUUGAUGGAGUUUGAAGAACUCAGGCAAAACGAUUCAAUUGAACCCCGUGUGAGAUACGUUGCGGGGAGCUGGGCAGCUAAAGAGGCUAUAUUCAAGACUUUGGACCCGAAAGAUCAGAAGAUCUUCCAAUUCAAGGAUUGGUACCGCUACAAAGAUCUGUUCGGUAAGCCCCAUAUAUGGAACGAUGACUAUAACGAGAGGGAGCAAUUUUUGUUGAGCAUUUCGCAUGAUGGUGAUACCCUUAUUGCCAAUGUGUUGAGACAGGUAUCAGCUAAUGCGUUAAAACAGAUAUCACCUGCUAAAGUUGAAGAGAAGUGA